UAGUCAUCUCUAAGUUUUAUUUUGCGUCGUUUUGUUUGCUGCACAGCACUUUCGGGUUUUUGUUUUCUUCGUUGUUUUUAAGUCCUUGUCAAAUGUAACACUACACUUAAACUUAGACCAUUUCCAAUCGCUAACAAAUCUUAGUUUUUAACAACUAUAUCUGCCUGCUGCACACGCGCAACAACCAAACGAAUUUCCUCAAGGACUUCUAGGACUGCACAACGAAGGCAAACAGAGACAACAACAAAAUGUCCGUCGCAGGCUUAAGACAGAGCCUAUUGCUCUGGAGCGUUGACUACUGGAAUCUGGAAGCUGUUAUGGCGGACAAUGUGUUCAAGUCGCACGAUAUUGGGUUACGCGCUCAAAAGAAAAUACUCUCACGCAUGGCAACGAAAAACAUUGCGAAAACCUUUAUUGACGGCACAACGGCCUCGCUGCUGGAUAAUCUGUACAGGCUGUGCAAGCUGCAUACGGGCAAUAAGGCGCGCGCCGAAAAGCUGAUCAAAAAUAUUAUCAAAAUUGUUAUUAAAAUUGGUGUGCUGCAUCGCAAUAACCAGUUUAGCGCGGAGGAGCUGCAAAAUGCGGAGAAUUUCAAGCGUAAAUUUCAGAACACACAAUUGUCCAUCAUAUCGUUCUACGAGGUGGACUUCACCUUUGAUCUGGCCUAUCUGCAAAAGUCGAUACAGGAGUCGCGUGUGGCGCUCAAAUCGAUUGUGCAGCCGCAUUUGACGGACAAGUCCAUUGGCCGCAUCGACGAGGUGUUCGAUUUCUUUGGCGAUGCGGGCUUGCUGGAGCUGGCAUUCAAACCGGAUUCGCCAUAUCGCGAGGUGAUGGGCAAAAUUGUCGCAGACAUUAACUCGGCCAUGGAAACGGGCGACAUAUGAGCAGCAGAGGCAAGCUGCAAGCUAUUGACAAAAAAAAAAGGGGCUAUUAUCAAACCAAAAACAACAUGAGAUACUAACAGCUAGUUAAAAGGCCUACAAAGUCCACCAAAUAGAAAGUAACGUAGCGCGGCAUAAAAGACACAAGAAAUUGAAGAAAGAAGAGCGAAAAGAGGAUUAUUCCUUAAUUGAAUUGGUGAUAACACAAUUAACACUAUUAUGUAGCAGUCAAAAACGUCCAGAUUGAUUUAAUUUAAGGCAAUGUUAACAUUUUUUUGUCGUUUAGAUUUAAGAAGAAAUGCAUUUUGCCAAAGGAAUUCACAAACAAACAAACAAACAAACUCAGAUUGUAAACGCAAGCAAAAUGCUUUUUAUCAAUGUAUUUGUCGUUGAUUGUAUUCGUGUACGUUAUAAGUAUAUGUAAAAGUCUGUCUAAAUAUUGUAGUCUAAUAUUUGAUACAUUUGUCUGUUUUGAUACUCCAAAACUCGCUCUUGAAACGCAAUUAUAUACUCGCUUCAUAUCUAAGAACUUA